UACGCUCCUUGCAUCAUCCUCAUCAUCCGCGCAUUCGAGUACGGGACGUCGUCAUCGUCGGAGUUGUCUCUUUGUCCGUCUGUGCUGUGCGUGGUUUCGAUUGCGAAAAAGUUUUCCUUCAUUUUCCCUGCAGUUUUCAGGUUUUGUAACAGUGGAAACUGGUGCAGAAGAAGCAAAAGCUGGGAAAGUGAAAGUGUGUUACAACUGUGCUGAGGGGAUCAUUCCGGAGGGUCACUGUGCGGCAAAGUGCGUUCUAAAUGUAGGUUACAACAAGUGAUAGUGCCAAGCAAUUCCCAGAAGUUGUAUAGGGGAAAGCUGCGAAUCUUAGUCGAAGCCUCUUGGCUCAAAUCUGUGAAAGUGAAAUACGGUGAAGCGGAUAAGGUACUGUCCGGGUUCGUGCACUGUACUGCAUCCCGGUUGGACAACGGUGGCGCAGGUGUCUACGGGAGCAAGGCAGCAACAUGAGCAGUACGGAACAUCCACCGGGAGAUCUGGUCAAUGGUAGUACGAUCAGCCCGAAGCCGACUAUUGUUGUCCACCAUAAUGGGGCAGCGGCGGCGCUGGGCAUCGAUCCGCUGAUUAGCCACGUCGGUGAUGGUAUCUUUCUGCAGACGAAGACCGCCCAGGGACUGGCGGGCAUCUUCGUGUGGAUUGCGCUGUUCAUCACGUGUCAACAGAUCUAUCAACACCUCCGAUGGUACACAAACCCCCAGGAACAGCGAUGGAUCGUUCGGAUAUUGUUCAUCGUCCCCAUCUAUGCCACCUACUCGUGGAUUAGUUUACUAUUUUUCAACUCGGAAAGUGUCUACGUAUACUUCUUCACCGUGCGGGACUGCUACGAAGCGUUCGUAAUCUACAACUUCCUGUCGUUGUGCUACGAAUACCUCGGCGGUGAGGGCAACAUCAUGUCCGAAAUCCGCGGCAAACCAAUCAAAUCGUCCUGCCUGUACGGGACGUGCUGUCUGGCCGGAAAGACCUACACCAUUGGGUUCCUGCGGUUCUGCAAACAGGCCACCCUGCAGUUCUGCCUGGUGAAACCGCUGAUGGCAUUCAUCAUCAUCUUUCUGCAGGCCUUCGGACACUACCACGACGGUGACUGGAGUGCCGAUGGUGGCUAUAUCUACAUCACCGUCAUCUACAACAUCUCGGUUUCGUUGGCCCUGUACGGACUGUACCUGUUCUAUUUCGCCACCCGGGACCUGCUGACGCCGUUCGAUCCGGUGCUCAAGUUCUGCACGGUGAAAUCGGUUAUUUUCCUCUCCUUCUGGCAGGGUGUCGGACUGGCCAUCCUGGAAAAGGCUGAAGUAAUCUCACCCAUUGUGGACGCUGGUGGUUCAACCACAUCGGCUGGUACGGUGUCCGCCGGUUAUCAAAAUUUCUUCAUCUGCAUCGAAAUGCUGUUUGCGGCGAUUGCCCUGCGGUAUGCGUUCCCGUACCAGGUGUAUGCCCAAAGCUGCAUGACUGACGCGCACGGUAGAUCCGUGACGAUGCAAUCAAUAUCCAGCAGUUUAAAGGAAACGAUGAACCCGAAGGAUAUUAUGACCGACGCGAUACACAACUUCCAUCCGCAGUACCAACAGUAUACGCAGUACAGCUCAGAAUGUCCAUCACCGGUCUAUCUUGCAAAUAAAAUAAAACUACCGAGGAAAUCACAGGCAGCUCAAUACCUUCAAAAUUACUAUCAACUACGUGAGGAUGAACUGUACAUAAGCGGCUACAACAGCAGUAACAUCAACAGCAACAACAACGCCUUAUCGAACACAGGGAAUCAAUUCUGAAGUCUCUUCGUUCCACAAUCUUUGUAAGUUGUGUCCCAGCAGCCCUACGAGCGCCUCUAACUGCGAUAUUGGCUUAAAUCAAACCUGACCGCAAACUAACUAACGAAACAAAACAAGUGCCUUCCACCUUGGUGGGCAAUGGGAGAGUGAAAUCUUCAAACUCAACUGAAAAGAACUCUUUGGUGAUCUACAACUGCAGUAACAACAACCGUCAAAGUACAUUUUAUAUUUUAAUCCUAUGAUAGUUUAGUAAGAAAAUUCACAGCUCCUGCUCCUUCUGUCUCGGUAGCAAAACAAGCAAGGAAGUUAAAUUAAACCUAAAGCUUUUAACAUAUUUUUCACAUGAAUUUAACUGAAAUUGAUCAAACUAUUUUAAAAUCGGAGAAUAUUCAAUGUGAUUCCUACGCAAAACUCUUAAACCGUAGGAUUGCAAACGCCGCUUAGGAAAUAAUCGUGAAUGAUACUUAUUUUACAUAGUUUUACAAAGCAGCAUUAAAAUUAGUAAGCGGAAUGAAAACACGUGUAUCAUAAUUAAAGACUUUUGACCUACAGUAAGCAAUUAUUAGCAAUAGAACAAUAUAGUAACAGCAUACAUUUAAGACCGUUUGAACCUUUCAAAACUUAGUCUGUGCAACCCGUGAAAAGGUUCUCGACUACCUAACUAGCCCAGACUUUGAACGUACUUAUAGGAAAAGCAUAACAAGCUUUCUCCUGGUUUUAAGCAAAAAAAAAAUGAGCAACUAUUUGGAAUUCUCUGACAUCUGAGAAGUAAUAUUUGCACGCCAAAUAUCAUUUCCUAACCUUUAAUCCACCAUUCGCUUCCAUAUUUGCCUGUUCGUUUCAUUUCGUCUUCUGACCCUCAAACUAAAAUCAUCUCUUGUCUGUAAAAAAAGCUUACUUUCAAUGUGAUCUAUUGAUGAAUGCUUGCAAAUAUUACUGCUUGGAUUUCUUUCAUCUGCCUGCUAUUUGAGCAUUAUCUGCAUUGGAAUGUACUUACCUAUAAUAGAUGUGUUCGUUUAUGUUUGGAUUCAAGUGAAAAUUAGCGAUUUCAUUUUUGUUCAAUGAUGAAGCAUGUUGAUGUCAAAUGUAACGAAACAGUCGUGUUGUGCAAGGACGAAAGGUAGAGUAGUAGGUCGAUGUCGGUAGCUGAAAAUGUGAAAAUUAUUGUGAAAGGAAAGCAGGACGAAGGUAAACGGUAGGGGGCGAUCGGUGCAAGCACCUUCUAUCAACUCCCCUGCUUGUAAGUAAGUACCUUUUUAAGACGAUUAAGUAAAAAAAAAUAUUGUAUUUAAAAUA